CUCUUUAAUUAAUAAAAUAAAUAAAUAAAAUGAAACAACCCAAAUAAUAAUAUUAUUAUUCCCUCGGAUUUCACCGCCUAUGACCACUGUGCACCUUGUUUGUUCAACUAACCAAACCAUAUUGAGAAGUACCCAGUUUCAGUUUCGGUUAAAGAUUCAAUCUUGUGAAGAUUACUAUUGUUAAAGAUUGCAUUUUUGGGAUUUGGGAUGAUCAGUUGAGAUUCCAGAAAUGGCCACAGCUGCAGUAAUUGGGCUCAACACGGCUGCUGCUGCAUCAGCUGGAAAGAGGCUUCUGGGUUCUUCUUCUUCUUCUUACUCUGAUAUCUCCGAAAAGCUUUCAUUUUCUAACAACGAUCAUUCUUCUUACUCUUACUCGCCCAAGACCACUACCACCACCAUCGUCGCCAACUUCUCUUCCUCUUCCAAUCCCAGUCCCAAUCACCAACACGCUUCUCACCCCAUCAGAGCUCUCAGGGAGAAUGUGGAGGCUGUUCCUUCCAGCUCAACCACCCCUGCUCCGCCUCCUCCGCCGUGGUUUCACGAUUCCAGUGACUUGGAGGCACUUCUUCUGCUCCAGAAGUCCAUGCUCGAGAAGCAGUGGACCCUUUCGUUUCAGAGGAAGAAAGCUUCCUUACCAAACAACAAACAGCUUCCAAUCACUUGCUCCGGCGUUUCUGCUCGGCAGAGGAGGAUCACAUCUAGGAAGAAACCUUUCGCUCGCUCGGCUUUGACUGCUACCGCUGCUCCUAAUCUUCAAAACCACUAUCGAUUCAAGGGUUAUGUCAAGGGUGUUGUGUCUGAGGAUUUGCUUUCCCAUGCUGAGGUUGUGAGGUUAUCUCAUAAGAUUAAGAUUGGGCUUUCCUUGGAUGACCACAAGUCCAGAUUGAAAGAGAGACUGGGAUGUGAACCCUCUGAUGAACAACUUGCAACUUCAUUGAAGAUUUCAAGAGCAGAAUUACAGUCCAAAAUGAUUGAGUCUUCUUUGGCAAGAGAGAAGUUGGCAAUGAGCAAUGUUCGUCUUGUCAUGUCCAUUGCUCAAAGAUAUGACAAUAUGGGUGCUGAAAUGGCUGACCUUGUUCAGGGUGGUUUAAUUGGUCUUCUCCGUGGGAUCGAGAAAUUCGAUUCUUCCAAGGGGUUCCGAAUUUCAACCUAUGUCUACUGGUGGAUACGGCAGGGUGUUUCGAGAGCUCUAGUUGAAAAUUCGAGAACCUUAAGGUUGCCCACACAUUUACACGAAAGGUUAAGUUCAAUCAAGAACGCAAAAUUGAAACUGGAAGAGAAAGGAAUAACACCAUCGAUUGAUAGGAUAGCAGAAAGCCUAAACAUGUCCAAAAAGAAAGUUAGGAAUGCCACCGAGGCAAUCAGUAAAGUAUUCUCCCUUGAUAGGGAUGCAUUUCCCUCUUUGAAUGGUCUACCCGGAGAAACUCAUCACAGUUAUGUUGCAGAUAAAUGCCCUGAUAACAUCCCAUGGCACGGAGUAGAUGAGUGGGCGCUCAAGGAGGAAGUGAACAAGCUGAUGAACACGACGCUCGGGGAACGGGAGAGAGAUAUCAUACGCCUUUACUAUGGUUUGGAUAACGAGUGUCUUACUUGGGAGGAUAUUAGCAAACGAAUAGGUUUGUCCAGAGAAAGAGUGAGGCAAGUGGGACUUGUUGCAAUGGAGAAACUAAAACAUGGUGCAAGGAGGAGAAAGAUGGAGGCCAUGCUUGUGAAACAAUAAUCACAAUUUGUAUGUAUGUAUGGUUGAAAAACAAAGAAAUUAUACAGAGACUGUAUAUAUAUAUGCAGAGGGAAUUUGUAUCACCCAUUUGUUUUCAUUUCCUGAUUUGAUAUCAUUUUAGUAUAGAAGGCUCUUAAGAGUAACAUACACUGAUUACAAAGCUUUUGUAAGUUUAAGUUGGAGCACUUUUCCUUCUUCUUCUUCUUAGAAAUGGUUUAUAUAUUUUUAGAUUU